GCGGUAAUUUAAUAUAGUGAAGAAUUCUGGAGAUUUGUGUUACCAGCGCUUGCGGGUUUUAGACUAGAGCCCAGAUCGAAGUGACUCGGAAACUGAGAAAGCUUGGAUUAGUCACUCUUGGGUAGAUGCCACCGACUACAGUACAAUAUGCCGCCAACCGGCAGCUGACUCUUGUAUCAAGUCUUACAUUAGCUUGUUCGAUUAUGUUUCAGUUCCACACGAUUUGAUUGUCAAUUUUGGAAGGAUUUCAACUGCGCAGCAAGCUCCGGUUGCAUUGAAAUUGCAGAGGUUUUGGACGUCGAGUUUUUAGAGUUUCUGGGUGCCAAGUCAUUCCCGGGGGUUGAAUUAAGAAGCAAGGGAAUUCUAUCGAGAUGCCUAGCAGGACCAGCACAAAGCUGGUGAACAAAACUGACAAAGUUCUCUACUUCUUCGUGGAGUCCUCGGCUGGGAACUACUCCCUCACAAAGGUGCUUCAGCCGCAUUCGGAGACCUCGCAUGAGUACGAUCCUAAUUGCACGUUUGCUAAGCUUCGUAUGUUUGAUAAUAAUAGGAGCCCGACCGACAUCGCCAUCACCACGGAUGACAUGAUCGACCACCAGGAGAUCAGCAUCUCGGAGAAGGACGGCAGAUUUGAGAUCAAAAUGAUGCAAUCAGCAUCAGGAGAGACUUCAACAGUCGUGACCGACAACACUCCGGGCUCCUGGUUCUCUAGUUUCAUUUUGAGAUUAUCCAGGAGGAGGUCAUCAUAGAGCAUGAAACAACAACUUCAAAGCCUUUCUUUGGAUGUUGCUAAUCCGUGUUCUGAUUUCGCUCUUGUCAGAUAUCUGAAGCUUUUCAAGUUCACUACACGUUUUCAUUUUCUUCAUUUUUGUUUCUUUGUUUAUAUGUGUAUGAUACGAACAUAUUUUGAGCGAUUUAUAAUUAUGUUUAUAUAAAGCUACAAAAUCGGUUGUAUGUA